CGUGCGUUAUUUUAUUUUUGUGCGGUAUUUUAGUAUCAGAAGUCAGAACUGAGUAAGCAUUGGUGUUUUAGAAUUUUACAAUUACAUUUUCCUUCAAUUUUCUCCAGCUAGCGGGAUUUUAGAGUGCGCUGCAAGUGGGCCUGAUUGUAAAUACAGCAUGCGAUACGCACAAUUGGUGAUGGGCCCCGCUGGGAGCGGAAAGACGACGUACUGCGCCACUAUAAUGAAUCACUGCAAAGCCAUCGGACGAAACGUGCACAUUAUCAACCUAGAUCCGGCAGCAGAGCAUUUCGCUUACGAGUCGGUAAUUGGAGAUAUUCGAGAAUUAAUUGGGAUCGAUGAUGUGACGGAGGACGAAGAACUGCAAUUGGGUCCGAAUGGAGGACUCGUCUUUUGUCUACAACAUCUCGUGGAAAACAUGGAAUGGCUGGAAGAAAAAUUGGGUUAUGUGGAUGAUGAUUACUUUUUGUUUGAUUGUCCAGGUCAGAUCGAACUGUAUACUCAUCUUCCCAUCAUGCGCGCCGUCGUCCGACAGCUGGAAAAUUGGGAUAUUCGCGUGUGCGGGGUCUUUCUGUUGGAUGCGCAUUAUUUGAACGAAACAACCAAGUUUUUCUCCGGAGCAUUGGUUGCGCUUUCAGCUAUGAUCAACCUUGAAAUACCUCACGUGAAUCUCCUAAGUAAAAUGGAUCUGCUCAACGACCAGGACCGAAACGUUAUUCAGAGGUUUUUGGAUAUGGAUACGCAUCUUUUAAUUGAAGAAGAGGAAGAGCCAUGGAUUAAAAAGCAUCUAAAGUUGACAAAGGCUGUUGCCAGUCUGUUCGAUGAUUUCGAUUACGUAUCUUUUCUCCCCUUUGAUCAGACGGAUGAGGAAGGAAUUUCUGAAGUUUUGUUGACCAUUGAUAGCAGUAUUCAGUAUGGUGAUGAUUUGGAGCAUAAAGAACCUCCGGAAUUUCUUACGAAUGAAGAGAUGGAUGAAAGGACUGACGACUAGAAUGGUUUAUUUCGGUGGUAUUCUCAACGGCGAUGAAAGGCUGACUUAACUUGCAUGUACAAGGUUUCUGGCUAUUUCUUUGUUCAUUAUCAAGACGAAUAUACAUAACAGAACUGCUAGAUCUGGCCAGAAGGCUAUAAUCUCUUACGAUAUAGCCAAUUAACGAAUAAAAAUGAUCGAAAACUUGCCGA